CAGCCUUUUGUUGGGAAGGGUCUUCUCAGAUCUGUGAGUCAUGCUUUUGCUGCGAACGGAUAGGCAACUGUAAGAGCGUUCGGGAUCUCAGCCAUCUACCGUCGCCUGCUCUCUGGACAUCACUAGUGGAAGAGAUUAUCCUGGUACUUUUUUAUCUCUUAGAUGUAUGGCUUUUUCAUGGAUUGUCUGAUUCCUCUCUCUUAACCUGGAUUGCAGCUGUGGCUUACCAUAACAACAAGUACAACCAUUACUGCAACAGAAAUAUCACACUGGAUUGCUUGUUUUUGCUACAAGGCAUUUGCUAUGCUAAAGGAGGGGAUAAUUAGCUUGGCAUCACAUCUGCCAGUUCGUUUGUAGGCAGGCAGAUAGAAGGGCAUGCUUCACCGUACCAAAUACAACCGCUUCAAGAAUGAGUCUGUGACAUCUGUCGAUGAUCUUCUUCACAACCUCUCCAUGAACCCCAAGGUUUCGGCAAGUCCUACACCGUCGGCCGAGCCCCCUUGUGCCUCGCCAGCCGAUGCGCUCCACGCGGAACCCGAGGAUGGCAGCACCACCCUCUGCACCCUCAUCAAUAAGGUUUCCAACCUAAAAUUUGCCAACACUGGCAGCCUGAUAGGCAUUAAGAGUCUGCCCUCAGCCGUCAAAGACCUGGCCGUGUCCAAGCUACAAGGGGGCAGUGGCUCUGGCUUUGCUAGCUCCACGAGUGCCACAGCAGCUCCCUGCGACCCCCUUUGCCACUCUGCCACCGGUCCUCCGUGCGUGCAACAGGACUUGGCUGGCAUGAGCACUGGGAAGAAGGGCAGGCUGGAAGAGACGCACCUGGGAGGAGAGAGCUGGAAUCCCAGCAGCGUCGUAAAUAAACCCUCCAGAGGAUGGCUUCACUCCGCUGACAAGAUCUCUGGACCCGGUGUGACGUACAUUGUAAAGUACUUGGGGUGCAUAGAAGUUCUUCGCUCAAUGAGAUCUUUGGACUUCAACACAAGAUCUCAAAUAACAAGGGAAGCAAUAAGUAUGGUAUGUGAGGCUGUCCCAGGGACAAAAGGAGUGUUUCGUAAGAGAAAGCCCCCCACUAAAGCGCUCUCCAGUAUUCUGGGAAAGAGCAACCUACAGUUUGCAGGGAUGAGCAUAAACUUGAACAUCUCCACCAGCAGCCUGAACCUGAUGACAUUAGAUUCCAAACAGAUAAUAGCAAAUCAUCAUAUGCAGUCGAUUUCCUUUGCGUCUGGUGGGGACCCAGACACUACUGAUUAUGUUGCGUACGUAGCUAAAGACCCCGUGAAUCGCAGGGCAUGUCAUAUUCUGGAGUGCCCUGAUGGUCUGGCUCAGAGUGUAAUUAGCACCAUUGGUCAAGCUUUUGAUCUUCGCUUCCAGCAGUAUCUACAGUGUCCCUCCAGCAAACUUCCCAUGUCCCAUGACAGCAUGCUGAGUAUGGAGGAGACUCCAUGCACAGAGGAAGAAGAGGAAAGUACAGAACACCCCUACUACAACAACAUACCGGGGAAAAUGCCACCACCUGGGGGCUUCAUUGACACAAGGCUGAAGAACCAAAAUUCUGGGCAAGGAGAGAGCCUUCGGCCAAGCCCAGGGGCUGGACAAGACCAAACCUAUUACCAAGGAAGGCACUGUGGGGAGAACUGGACAGAGGAAAGGAGGCCUGUUCCAGUUCGACAGGGAUCAAGUGACAUUUACAGUCUGCCUGAGGGAAAAAAUCCAUUAGCAAAAACAGCCAGUACCCCUACCUAUGUGAACACUCAGCACAUGGAUGUCCGUGUCCUGGCGGCACUGCAAGGAGAAGCUGACAAUGUGAUGGACAGGCCCGGCGGGGUGCCCAAAGAUAGCCCCAGGAAAGACAUUUUUGAUAUGAAGCCCUUUGAAGAUGCCAUCUUAACUCAGACUCCAGUCCCAGCCCUGAAAAAAAUGUCAUCGGUGGAUAACUCCAGCCCUCUGCUGGUUCGUGCGGCAGCAUUCAAAGCAAACGAGGAACUGGAGGGGCAGGCGUGGUACCAUCAGGAGAUGAACCGGAAGGAAGCCGAGAAGCUGCUGCGUGACGACGGAGACUUCCUCGUGAGGAAAAGCACUACCAACCCAGGCUCCUAUGUUUUGACUGGCAUGCAUAACGGUGUGGCCAAGCACCUGUUACUGGUGGACCCUGAAGGCACAGUACGGACAAAAGAUCACAUCUUCGACAGCAUCAGCCACCUAAUCACACAUCACCGUGAGAAUGGCUUGCCCAUAGUUUCUGCUGGAAGCGAACUCUGUCUCAAACAGCCUGUAGCAAGAAAACAGUGACGUGCUCCGUUUGAGAAUUGCUGGGACAAGGGAGGCAUUUUUACUGCUUGCACACCUAAAAAACUUGAAGAUGACAGAUUAUGUUACGGUCAAAGAUUACUAAAGAUGAAAGCAUCAUUGAACUCCUCUGCGCACCUUUUGGCUGCCCUGGCAGACUUGGAGAGAUUUGUUUCCACUGACACUUGAUUUAUAGAACUGUUAUUUUUUUGUUGUGAUUAUUGAAAUUCUAUAUUUUUGAGAAGAGGUUGAUGAAUAGAUGUUGAUCUGGCGUCUUUAAAGAAAAAAUUUAAAAAACUACUGCUAAUUGUUUAGAUGAACUGAAAAUUAUCCUCAAGGAGGCAAAGAGUAUUUUAGAGUAACCUAAUGUUCUAGUUUUGUCUAUUAAGCACAAACAGAUUUACACAGUUGUUGGUAAGAGGCAGAGAAAACAGAAAAAGCAGUUAGUAUUGCAGUAUUUUUGAAAUGAUCUUCUUUUGGAGCUAGUGUAACCGUUAAUUUGGUAACAUUCUAUCAAAUCUCCGGUGGAUCUGUUGUAAAAGAGGAAAGUGUGACUGCUUGUUCUUCAGUAGCCACAGAAGUUUGGGAUAAAAUCGUAUUUCCCCAAUGCUGUGGAUGUGAUUUUUAAAAAGCUGCAAUUUUUUCUAUUAAGUACACUAAAUUGUCACUGCAGUCGCAUGACUAGAAAUUAAACUGUUUUUGUGGUCAUUGUUUGUAGACCUUUAACCCUUUGACAGGUGCUUGCGUAUGCUCAUAAUGUAAUACAUUUGCUUUAAACAAUA